GUGUUUUACAGCGUGUGUGUGUGUUCGUACCAGUGACGAAGACUCUGCAGGUCUGGGCAGGGUUGGCGUGUGACGUGUAUGAGGGCAAUAAGCAGCGCUCCCGGCUCCGUGUCACUCACUCAGACUCACACACCGAGAGGGGAACGAGACGAGAGCGAGAGAUCUGGAACAAACCAGGAGCAGAAAGAGUGUGUGAGAAAGUGCACCAGAGGCCAAAAGAAGUAACAGACAGAAACUCGAAGAAACUCCAACAAAAAGAUGGCUAUUGGCAGGAACUCCAGGAUGAGCUCAGUCCGAAGCUCCAUCAGGGCCCCAAAGUUUCUGGAUAAAUCGAGUGGCUUCUACGGUCGCCUCGACGAGCCCGAGGCCGCCACAGAGGUAGAGGAGACUGGUGUAAAUGUUUGCAACAUAGAGGAGGGAGUCUCGAGUGACCCAUCCAUCACAGCGGUGCAUUGUUCUGAUGAGAAGGAAGAAGGCGAGGUGUUUGGCUUCAGCGAAGGCAUGAUGGAAGAUGACGACGAGAGCCUCCUGAGGAGGAAACCCAGCCGCCGCAGCAGCAGGUGGAGAAGAAGCUCCAGGAGGAAGCAGAAAGAGGGGAGAGCAGACGAGGACGCAGCCAGAGAGGAGAGGCCCAGCCUGGGCACGGAGGGUCCGGCUGACUUCUCCGAGGACAUCAGGGUGAAGAUUGAGAUAGAGAUGGAGAACCUGAAGAAGGUGGAGGAAGAAAAUGAAAAGGCGGGCUGGGAGAAGGAACCCGUGCUCGUUCACUUCCCGGCUCGGGAGGACGCUGACGACCAAGUCCUUAUCCGAGACAAGAAGAGAGGAAGAGAAGACGAAGAGGAGGAGGAGAGGAGGAUGACGAAGGAGCAAGAGGAAGGGAUGAAAGUGGUGAAGAGGAAAAAUUACCGCAAGGCCUUGGACCGAGCACUGCGCCGCGGCUGGGAGGCCUUCGUCGCCAACCUCUACAGCGUCACGCUCUCACCGGUGAACUCCUCGCCAUCGUCGUCUUCACCGUCGUCGAAGAAGAAGCACCAGCACAAUUCAGUGUUAGCAGAAUUUCAAUAGAAAUGGAGAUAGAGAUGGACAAUGAAGCUUGAGGCUUCUUAACUUUUAAUAAUAUCAGGGUCAUGCAGCGCAACGACUGCUGCAAAGUAUCGGACAAUCCUGCCUGUAUAACAUUUACCACAUGACGUGUCUGAGUCAUCACCUCAGGAAUAUUAAUCAAUUAUGUAACUUACUGGGUCUUGAUUACUCAGCUGAACCUUUAUCGCCUUAUUAGGAUGCACCUUAGUCAGGACACAAACUGCAGGGAUCCACUUUAGCUCGAUGGGCUGCUGGUUUUACAGUGAAGUCUAUGAGACUGGCCUGAACAGAAAUCCCUGGUCUUUAUGUGACUGAGUUCAGCAGCUGCUCGUCCCCUUCUGAUCUCCAGUUUUAGUCAAGUAAGAGCAUUUUAGCUCUUAAUAUCCAGUUCGUUACUAAGAGCUCGCAGUGCAAAUGAUCUCUGCUUCCUUUGGUUUAGCGCUGUGAAACUCCUCGAGUGUUGAUGUGUAACCAAAGGGGGUGGAAAGUUUAAAACGUAGCAGCUGACUGAUGGACUUUAGCUGUGGAGUAAUACAUACUUCUGUAGGAUUAACCGUGGUGCUCGUUGCCUAAUCAGACAAGCUAUUUAUGAGUAAAUAGUAUGCAGUAAAUCAGUAAUUAAACUUUAUUAGGGAUUCACAUUAUUAUGGACACAUUCUAUUAUUUAUGUAGGCUUUAUUGCAAGUGAAAAAGACGGACAGGGUCCAACCUUGUGCAAAGGAAUAUGUAAGAGUUUCUAUUACAGCUUUUUAGCUUUUUCCUCAUGAGGUUCCUGCGUGUGUUCUAGUGAAGGUUAUUAAACCUGAAGGGACAGAGCAGGGAGGUGUAAGCUUAGAUGUCCGUCCAGAAAAAGAUAAUGCUUAUUUUUGGUCAAAAAAGUCAUAUUAAAUAGUGCAUAUUUUCUCUAUUUGAAUGCAAAGUUGUGUCUUUUUCAUGUGUUUGAUUUGUACAACUGACGACUGUAUUUAAGAACUAUUAAUAAUGGACGUUUGUAGAUGUGACAAAAAUGCAAUAAAUGGUCUUUAAUUUUCAAA